AUGUCUCGCCCGUCCACCUCAGACGGUCUCGAUUCGCGCUCAGCGACACCACCGCCCAUUCCUCGACGAAGCAGCGCGAGGGAUAGGGCGCAAAGCUUCAACUUCUCGUACCCCCAACGCUUCGCUGCACCUAAGGCCCCACCUCCGCCGUUACCAAAGCCUCGAUUCUGGCUUCAGGACUCGGACGCGGACAGCAGCUCGACCAGCGUCGUCUCUUCAACUCUUACUACCGACAGCGACGAGACGACCAGGAGCGACCUUUCUUACCCUUCUUCUGUUCUUCCACCCUCGCCCCUAAGAAUCAACCGCGUCCGCCAGAGUGAGGAGAGCUCGCGGAAUGACCCUCCAGUGCCGCCUCCCUCCAUCCAGCCUGCUCUGACAAACAAAAGCUCGUCCUCGUUGUCGCGCAUCUUCAAGCCACGAACGCAAGACAGUCUCAGCAUCGAGAGGCGCGUAUCGGUCGAUCAGCAGUCAGAGCGCAUAAGCCUGGAGGACAACUCUUCCAGUACAUCAUCCUCGCAGUCGUCGAACGCCGAGUGGAAAUCGAGCACGUUCGACACGUCCAACAUGACGGCAGCGGAACUCGAGAAGUGCAGGAAGAAGGGAAUCAACCCUGCUCUGUAUGCUGAAAUGCGGGCUGCGAGGAAGGGCAAGGGCAAAUGGAUCAGUCCUUUGGUUGGCAACACCUUUCUUGGAUGA